AUGCCUAAAAAGAAAUGCUGGUCCAUCAACAAGUCGAAGAGCAAGAAGCAGGUGAGCUGUCGGCCGGACAUCUCCGCAGUCUUGACUGAAGCGGGUCACGACGUUUUCGUGACCUCCACUGGCAAGCUUCCCCGAAGCUGGCGCAAUGUUCUUUGUGAUGAGCAUCAUGAGUUCUGGAGACAGCUGAAUUCGGGAGCCAUGCUUACGACCUUUUCGGCUUAUUCAUGCGUGCAUCGUGCCUUGGCUAGGGUCCCAGUGCAUUACACUAGACUUUCACCCGACGCAGCGGGUGCUCAACCAAAGUGUUGA